UUCUGUCGUUUAUGACAAGCCUGGCGUGGAAAUUUCUGAUUGAUCCACUUGUAUCGUCCUGGCAAGAUGGGCCUCCACUUUUCGAGCACUUUUGACACGUGUCCUCGAGGGAAAAUUCUCGCGAUACGAGAAAUUGACUGGAAACAGAAAGGAAUUAGUGAAAAGGGAUCGUCAUGAGUACCACGUGUCCUCACAGCAUGAAAUAGAGGUCGGAUGUAGACAGGUGGGGCAGGCUCUGUAGCUGCCCGUAGAUUUAGAAUUGCCCGAGAGGCUCUCUUUUUUUUUUUUUUGUGUCCCUGCUCGACGAGGGAAAAAUAUAUAUAUUUUUUUCCCCUAUAGAGGAAAACAGCGACACGUUUUCUUCUGAGCGAAAUUCCGCACACCAUUACUUUGCUUGGUUCAUAUUAACACUUCGCCGAUGAUGAUUGUCCUCAGGCAGAGAUACUCCACGGCGAGUUCCUGCUUCGGACGAUUCCGAUGACGGAGGUUUACAGUAUAAUGCCAAGCGAAGAUGAUGAAGAUUCGCCGGCAAAAUGCCGAGAGCGCCGGCGACGUAGAAUAGAGAUGAGACGGUUAGCAACAGUAUCGUCGGCGAAUCCCUCGUCCUCCACCACUCACCACCGGAAAGAGAAUCAAACUGGUAGCUCCGGUUUUGAGAAGAAACGUGGUCGGAAGACGGACGGUGACGGUAAUCCGGAGAUUUCAUCGUCUUCGUCAUCGGGGGAGGACGUGAAGACUGUAAGAGCUUCAGCAUCGGUACCUCAGCCGGUUUUCGGGAUGAUGUCGGUAUCCGGGAGGUCACGUGAGAUGGAGGAUGCAGUAUCGGUGAGCACGUGCGUUCUAGGUCCAGAAAAUUUCCGACGGCAACUGGUGCAUUUCUUCGCCGUCUACGAUGGACAUGGAGGCCCUCACGUGGCAGCGUUAUGUAGGGAGAAGAUGCACGUGUUCGUACAAGAGGAAUUUUCGCGCGUGAUUUGCACGCGCGAGGAAGGUGAGAGUGGCGGUGGUGGUAGCACCGCGGCGGAGGGGGUUGAGUUGGAGGAGGAGGAGGAGGCGACUUGGAGAAGAGUGAUGCGGCGGAGCUUUGAGAGAAUGGACGAAGUGGCACUCAGUACUUGUGCCUGUGGGAGCGUCGGAGGCAAGUGUGGGUGCCAUCCGAUGGAGGUGGCUCUCGGCGGCUCCACCGCCGUCGUCGCUGUACUCACACCAGAUCACAUAAUCGUCGCCAACUGCGGCGAUUCACGCGCCGUCCUUUGCCGAGGAGGAAGGGCCAUUCCCCUCUCUAAUGAUCACAAGCCUGAUAGAAAUGAUGAACUAGCAAGAAUUGAAGCUGCUGGAGGACGGGUGAUUUUCGUAAAUGGAGCUCGGGUUGAAGGAAUCCUUGCAAUGUCCCGUGCAAUAGGGGACAAGUAUCUCAAGUCAGUUGUAAUAUCAGAGCCUGAAAUUACUUUCACCAAAAGAGAAUCAGAUGAUGAAUGUUUAAUACUUGCAAGUGAUGGCUUGUGGGAUGUUCUUUCAAGUGAGUUGGCUUGUGAGGUAGCUCGUGAAUGUCUCCUAGAAGGAGUGGCGGCUAAUACUACUACAAUAGACCUCAAUGCCGUGCCUCAAAUUGAAGAAGAAGGGGCUGGAAUUUCAUAUCCCUCUCGAAGUGCGCUGGCUGCUGCGCUGCUUACUCGUCUUGCUUUAGGGCGGAAAAGCACCGACAACAUCAGUGUCAUAGUUAUUGAUCUAAAGAGGAGCUGAAAAAAAAACAUUGAAAUGAUUAAGGCUUGACCAUGCAUAUGGAUGUUGCACAGCCUGGUUCAAAAUUAGAAACGGAGUGAGGAGGCAUGAUCCAUUAAAGUAAGGGUGAAAACUUAUUUCUCUAAUUAGUAAGUCUGCGAUUGAAUUUAUUAGUUGAAAGUUGUGUUCUAUAGUCUGGUGGGUGGAUGUUUUGCUAUUUCAUGUCAUCAUGAAGCACGAAAGAACUGAUGAUUGGAAGAACCGAGUCCAUACAAUCCAACAUUUUUCCAGCCACAUGAUGUUGUUGAGGAGCUUCAUGAUGGGAUUAGGCUAAUACAAGCAUGGUCUCUCUCUUUUGCUUGUGGAAAUUCGACUGUAUUUGGUUAAUGUAUCAUUACAAGGUUUGCUGUAUGUUGCCUUGCUCAAUAUAUUGCAUUUGUUUCAUAUUUGAUUUCAACCCCUCUCCCUCUCUAGAUUCUUAGCCACAUGAUUCCAGCUUUAACUCACUGGAAUGUGCUGCAGUUGGGUGAAGUCACAUGUUAAUAUCUGAUCGGAUCUUUUAUUAGAAUUUGGUUUGGUGAGAUUGAAAUUAAUUGCAAUUAUCUGAA